AUGUCCUCCCAAAACGAGCGCGCCAUCUACUUCCGCAGCCUGCACACCCCAGGCAACCCGAUCGUGCUCAGCAACGUCUACGACGGCGCCACAGCCUCAUACAUCGCCUCGCACGCAUCCACAAAAGCCGUCGCGACGGCCAGCUUCGCCGUGGCCGCCUCGCACGGCGUCGCGGACGAGGCCCUCACGCUCUCGCAGAACUUGGCCUCCGCGCGCGUCAUCGCCGCCGUCGUGGCCGCUACAUCGCCGCAUCUGCCCCUGACCGUGGACGCGCAGGACGGGUACGACGACGUCGCGCACACCAUCCGGGAACUGAUCGCGCUGGGCGCGGUGGGCUGUAACAUCGAAGAUGUCGACAACGCGACGGGCGCGCUGCGCUCGCUGCCCGACGCCGUGAGUCGCAUCCGCGCGGCGGUCCAGGCUGCCAGCGACGCUGGGGUGCCGGAUUUCGUGAUCAAUGCGCGGACGGACGUGCUGGGGCCCGCGGGGACGGGGAAGGUCGAGGAUGCGAUCGAGCGGGGCCGGGCGUUCCUGGCCGCGGGCGCGUGUACGGUAUUUGUGUGGGGAGGACCCGGGGGAAGGGGGGUGUCGGGCGCCGAGGUUGCGGCGUUGGUGGCGGCAUUGGGGGGCCGGGUUAACGUGAAGCUGGGCCUGGGGGAGGGCUACUUGACGGCGCCGGAGUUGAAACGCAUCGGCGUGGCGAGGAUCAGUCUGGGGCCGGAGUUGUGGCGGGCAGCGAUGGGAGCGUUUCGGGAGACGGCGGAUCGGUUGUUGGCCGGGAUUGCGUAUGAUUGA